CAGACGAACUACAUCACUCCCUCAAAACAAGAAGCCGGCUCGCCCCUAUAAAAGUCAGCUGAUGCUAGACUCAGCUUUGACUAGCUCGCUAGGCGGGUCUGAGGUGUCACAGACGCUGGCCGACUCCUACAACCCCUCACUGCACCGGUGCUUUCGGAAAACACACAAAGGCAGCUUGAUCCCACACACAAAUACAUGCACACAUGAUCCAAAUGGUUGAAGGUGAUGCAAACAAACACUAUUACUACAUCUAGCAAUGAUGCUAGAUGUAGUCUGUAUUUAAUAGAGCUAAUCCCGUAGCCAGGAAUCCGGCUUGGGAUAGCCUCGCAAAACAAAAAGGCCACUUGAUCCCACUCUGAAGUGUUCUGGGUUAGAGAAAGUUUAGCCUUAAAAAAGGCCGUUAAUCAAUUAAUCCACUCUAUCAGUUUGUUUUCCUGAAACCGCUUCCAGCCGCUGUUCCCAGUCAUUUUCAGCUUGAACUGAACCAUAACAGAUUAUCUUCAGGAUUCUUCAUGAACUCUGCAAAACAGGAGCGUCUGAGCUGCAGAUUAACUCUUGCGGUAUGAAAUGAGACUUCAUGCCCCAAACUCAGAAUCAUCUGUCAUGUAAACGAAUCUUCUUGAUUGCUUAUGACAGCUUACAAACAGUGGGCAAUUUCCAAAGUUUCCUGUCCACAAUGAGGGGCUUUAGACUGAGUGUACACAGCAGCAAAUUGAGUUAUGUCUCCACGUGAACGACGUGUAUCACCCCCUGCUCCUGCAGCCAGACCCUGACAUCGUGAUUGUCCUUGUCGGAUUAAGCAAAUCAAUCAGACUGAGGGGAAAAGAAGAGGGAGGCCAGGAGGAGGAGAAGAAAGAGAACUCUGUUGGAGGGGGGGUGGGGGGGUGCUCCACCCAUAAUUAAGUUAGCCUGCUGUGCUGAAGGUCCAUGUUUAUGGCUCAGACGGGGGAGUUUUCCUCACUCUGUGGACCACUGAGAGCAGAGAAGCCAGUUCUGGAACUCUCCUCCGGCUCUGUGUCUUUCUGCAGCUCAUCACCCCUCACUCCGCCGCCGCCACUGAUCGACCCGCACGUACAGGCUGCCUGAAGGAGAGGUGGAAGGAAGAAGCGGCAGCUGCAGCAGCACCUGCUCCUGCCUCCAUCCCCUCUUCCCGGCCCGACCCCAGACCUGCUCUCUGCUGCAUCGUCUGCCGGCCUCGCUGCCACCAUGUGCGACUGUUUCCACCUGGCGUUCCCCAACUGGCACGCUGCCUCCUCCGGGACGGCAGGGAGAAGACUGCGAGCACCUGAGCCCCCCACAGAGGACGAUUCAAUAUGUGAAGAACCAACUCAGCUCGCAGAGGGGGAGAGACCACGACCGCAAGGAUCAUCCCCCGUCCAGGAGUAUCCUGAGGCGGCCAAAUACUCUGAUGGUGAUGAAAAGUGUGAAGAACAUGAUCCAGACCACAAGGCUGGGAGUGGACACAAAAGUAAAAAGUCUGGUCUUGGGUCCAUCUUCGAUAGGACUUCGACUCCAAAGAUGAGUAAACUAAAGGAAGCCCAUACUCCUGAAGAUGGGGUUAUUGUGAAUACAGCCAAAGAUGGAUGUGCAGAGGGCCUCGUUUAUGGUGGAGGAGGGAAAGAGGGGAUCUUCAUAAAGAAAGUAGUCCCAGAGUCACCUGCUUCAAAAAGUUUAAAAGUGAAAGAAGGAGAUCAGAUUCUGAGCGCCACAGUGUACUUUGACAACAUGUCAUAUGAAGACGCUAUUCAAAUCCUGGAGCACGCUCAGGCUUACAAGUUAAAGCUUUGCCUGAAACGGCAACCGGACAUCCCAGAGACUGAACCGACCAUCGAAUCUGAUGUCAUUCCUGAGGAAGAUAUUUGCUCCGCAGAGAUGAGGGAGCAAGGAAAAACCAGAAGGCGCGGGGAUGCUCGCAUUUCAUGGCCAAAGUUUCCCUCCUUGGGAAAACGACGUAAAUCCCGUUUCACAAGGUCUCACAGUUCAUCAGAAGCAGACGAGCAGAGAAAGCUUGAGCUCAGUCCCACAACAAGUGACACAGAGUCACCUAUAAAAUCCCAGGAUGCUCUCAAAGGAAAGAAGAAACAUAAAAUAAAGCUCUCUGGCCUGACAAAAAGAGGCCGCAUAAGUUCAUCUGAAGACCAGGACACCGAUGCUCCCUCAACUGGGCAGAUAAGCGGCGACAUUCAGCAGAAGCAGGAAUCAGAUACGCUUUCACCGGAGUUCCCUGAAUAUCCCUCAGGAGAAACACCAGAAAUCAAUGUACAAGCAGUUAAGGAGGCAGGGGAAGUUGUAGAGUCUGACCAGAAAAGUCCAACAACCAGCGACGCUCAAAACAUGCAACACAAGGUGGAAUUCGUCAGUAUAGACAGCACUUUGAAAACUACAGAUCUAACUGUACCUCUGACUGAUCCUGAGAGCCAGUCUGGUGCUCCAAAAUCUCCGGAUGAGAAAAAAAAGAAGAAAGAGUUAAAAAUGAAAAUUUUGGGGAAGGAUAAAAUGCACAAGAAAGAAGCAAAAGCAAAAUCCUCUCCCAAGAGGCUUAAAACUCUCGGAGCAAGUGUUGAUGCUGAAGAUCUACCAGAAACAGGAAAAUCUGAUGUCAUCUCAACCUCUGAAUCAAAAACCAAAUUGCUGGGUGAUCAGACGACGGUUGCUGCAAAUAACAAGAAGCAAAGUAGUGAGAGUUUGAAGGUAACCCCGUCUAAAUCUAUGACAUCGCAGAUAUGUUUGCCAAAGGUGGAACUUGACAUAUCAGUGCGGAAAUCUACAAAGAAAGGGGAUGAAAGGACACACAAAGGAAAGGACACGAAACAGAAACAAUCCAAAAUGUCCAGUCCAAAACAUAAGCAGCCUGAAAUAGACGUAAGUAAUCUUGCUACUUCAGAGGAGACGCAAAAAGUAAAUGAUCAAGAAUCUCCAACUAGAACAGGCCGUGUUUCCACAACACAGCUUCCCAAACGUGAAGACAUUGAGAUUCCAGGUAUGGAGGACAUGUCUAGGAAAUCCACAACAAAAAUGACUGAACCUAAAGCUGAUUUAAAAAAUAAAGAAAAUCAUUCUGAAACUGUGCAAAUGUCAAUUGACGUCAACAGUGUGAAAGAAGCAGUUUCAAAAUUACCUGGAUUUAAACUGCCUCAAGUUGAUACAUCCGGAGCGCUUAUCCCAGAAGAAAUAACUGUUAUAGAUGCUAAUGCACAAAGAAUAUCCGUAAAAACCCCCACGAAAAUGGCACAACCAAGACCGGAAGAGCAUUUCACAAGGUAUGACACAACUGCAUCUUCAGAAAUCUUCAAAAGGAUGUAUGUAACUGAGAACACGACAGAUUUAAAAAAAUCUGAAAAGGAAGAGAAGACCAUGCCUAGCUUUGGGAUGUCCACAAAAUAUCGAAGAUUACCUUAUAUUGGGAUUGACUUGCAAAAGCAAACUUUCAUUCAGGAAAAGGAGACAAAAACUGAAACAAAGACUGAGGAGAGACAAACUGGAGAGGUCAUAUGUAAAGUCAAAAUGCCUGAACUUGACAGCAUUGACUUCAUUGACUCAACAGAUGAGUUAUCAAUCAAAAAAGAUUGUGGCUUGACAAGUAUUGAUAUAAGUACUGAUGUGAAGAAAACAUCUGCUAUCUCUUUUAGAAAUAAAGAAAAUGAUGAUGAACCUGAAGAUGCAAGGAACAAGCUGUCCAAAGUUGGUAUAACUCCUUCAGACAUAUUCAGUGGAAAUAAGGAAAUAAUCUCUGAUAAGGGCACAACAAAGGCUGCUGACAGAGACGAAAAGAGUCAAUUUAAAAGGCCAGAUUUUGACAUCUCAGUGCCACAAUUUAAAGGAAGAACAGUUGAUUUUAGCACAUCCAAGAAAGACACAGAAGCAGAGGGUAGAGGAGGGCUAAUCCCAGGACGCACUGAGAGAGCCAUAAUUCUCAAAAGCGCCGAUGUUAAUGUUCCAGAAGAAAUAGAGGCAGAAAAAACUCAAAUAGAAAUAAAAACAGUUGAAACCCAAGGCGUCUGGGAAGCAAGCCCCGCUGCGAAGUUUGGAAUCAAGAUGCCAAAAAUCAAAGGCGCAGAAUUUGAUUUGAGCUUGUCAAAGAAAGAUGCACAUGACAAAGAGUCACAUGACAAAGCUGCAGGUCCACUCCCAGGAAUACAUGGGAUAGAGGUUACUCCUGGAAAAGGAAAUGUAUCUUUUCUAAAGCAAAAGAUGGAGUUAGAAAAAUCCGGAGUAGAAGUCAAACAUUUGCAGCCUAAGGAUGAACAUGUACAAGGAGCCAAAAUCAAAAUGCCAAAGCUUGGAAUGACAACAACAAAAUUUAAAGGCCCUGAAAUAAAUAUAAACUUAUCAAAGAAAGAUGCAGAGGUUAGCCUGCCAGAGGCUAAACCUGAGGUACACCUCACUGAGGAUUCAGAAACUGAUUUUAACAAAGGCACAGAACGAAAGACUGAGAUAAAAAAGUCUGAUCUGAAAAUGAUACCACUGCAGAAUGAAGGCGAAACGAAUGGACACGGACACAAGAUUAAAAUGCCCCAAUUGGGAAUUGCACUGCCAAAGGUUACAACUCAUGAGUCAGAUUUAAGACUAUCAAAGAAAGGUAAAGAUCUUACCCUGACAGAGGUUAAACAAGAAAUCAAAGAUCAUGAGGUUGAAUCAAACGGAUCAUCUACAACACAAGAUUUCAGGGCUCCUGGAAUCAAAGCUUCAACAAAGGAUGUUGAAGGAUCAUCAUCAAAAUUUAAAAUGUUUAAAAUGCCACGAUUUGGAACUGCUACUCCAAACCUCAGCAGUGAAGUUUCUGACAAACCGUCGCCUGAAGAUGAGGUUCCUGUCGACACUAUUAUACCAGACACAGAUGUAGGUCCAUCUCCUGAUGUGAAAACCAAAGUCUCUGAAAUUGAUGGAAGAACAAGUGGGUUCAAAAUUCCAAAAUUUGGAAUAUCACUCCCAAAGCUAAAAGGCCCUGAAAUUGAUACAACCUUAUCAAAAAAAGGGACUGAUGUAGAUGUCACUUUGAUUAAAGGUGAAGCUGAAGUAAAACUCCUUGAUGCUGAGAACGCAGAACCUGAUAUUAGGCAAGAGGCUGAAACUCCCCAGACUGGAGUCCAACAAGAUUCAGCAUCAAAACCGGAAAUCACGAUACCAAUUCCGGCUCCAGUGGCCCUUACUGAGACACCUGAAUUGGAAAUCCAGACCCUGAAGGCUGAGAGUCAAAUUCAUGGACAAGAAGGAAACAUAAAACUGCCAAAGAUUGGAAUUAAAAUGCCAAAAGUAAAAGGACCGGGAGGUCAUCUUGGCCUUUCCAGUGAAGCUGUAGAUGUGAGGGAAGCAGAAGACAAAGUAGACUUACAGAGUACAGAACUCAUGCUGCCAGACACUGAAACUAAGGUAGAAAUCCCUGUCCCUACAGCAGAUGUUAGUCUUGGAAAAGCAGAAAUUUUGAUCCCCGCUGGAAAGGUGGAAGUUGGAAAACCAGAAGUGCAAACUCAACCUUCACUUGAAGGUCAAGGGGGCAGGUUCAAAAUGCCAAAGUUGGGAAUCGCAAUGCCAAAAGGAAAAGGUGCUGAAACAAAGGAGGAUGAAGAACGGAUACUUACUGAAAGCAAGAUCGAUGUGAUAAUACCUGAAGCUGAUUUUAAGGAACAAGAUGUGGAACAAUUACCAUCAAAAUUUAAUAUGCCAGCAUUCAAAUUUCCAAAAUUAGGACUUGGCACUCCUGGUUCCACCACCGGAGUAUAUUCAUCAGACAAAAAAGCUCAACGAGAUGACAUGGACAUGGACUUUCAUGAUGAGGUUCUUGCAGUUACCAUUGUUGCACCUAACAAUGACACUGAAGAACCAUCCAUAGAUGUCAAAACUAUAGGAGCAGAUUAUGAAGGAAAAACAAAGAAGUUUAAGAUGCCAAGUCUUGGUUUUUCUGUGUCUCAAAUCAAAGGUCAUGACACUGAUGGUUGUGUUACACAACAGCAGACCAAAGCUGAAGACAAGCUCGGUGAUCCUAAACAGAAAAGUGCUAGUACUGAAGAGGAUGCUAAAGUUCCUGAUAUUGAUGUUAUUGCAAAGGACAAACAGAGAUCACACGGGAAAUUUAAGAUGCCAACCUUCAAGUUACCAAAAUUUGGAGUGGACAUCUCAGCUGCAGAUGAAGAAAAUUAUACUAUGGGCAAAGAUGUAACAGUGAAAGGAGCUAACAUUGAGAUUCCCCAAGCAAUUGUUACAAUUGACUCUGGAGCUCCCAGUAGUAAGUUUGAAGGUAAAUCAAAGGAUGUGAAAAUGACAGAAAUAGAAUAUGAAGGCAAAAAGAGCAAGUCUGAAAUUCCAAGUCUUGGUUUAUCUGGUUCUUACAUUGACUCAGGCCUCUCAAAAAUUGAUGUAGAUGUAAAUAUCCCAGAAAGCAAAGCUGAAGUCAAACUUCCAAAUGAUGAUUUAAACACAUGCUCGGCUGAAGUAGAAGCUACAGCUACAGAAGUCAAAGUAUUAAAAAAGGAAAAAGAAGGAUCACCAUCCAAGUUUAAGAUGCCAACAUUCAAGUUACCAAAAUUCGGGCUUUCUGCUCAAAGUUCCACAGAGGAAGAACCUCCUUUGGACAAAGAUGUGAAAAUAGGAGGAGGUGAAACUAUGACUUUCGGAGAGAUUAUUUCUGUUAGCACAGAAGGACAAUCAGCAAACUUAAAAAUGACAGGCUCUGAAAAUGAGGGAAAAGGGAAAAAAAUUAAACUGCCUAGUCUUGGUUUUUCUGUUCCACAAACCAAAGGUUCUGAUUCUAAAAUUAGCGUAUCCACAACAGAUGUAGAUGUUACAGUACCAGAUGUCAAAUCAGAAGCCAACAUUCUUAAUGAAACCUUUAACAAAUCUGCUGAAGUGGAAGUCAGAGUUCCAGUAUUAAAAGGAACAAGUACGGAGAAGGAAGGAUCACCAUCCAAGUUCAAGAUGCCGACAUUCAAGUUACCAAAAUUUGGGCUUUCUACACAAAGUUCGACUGAAGAAAUGCCUCAUUUGAAUGAAGAUUUCAAAAGAGCUAGUGGAGAAACUACAACUUCAGUAGAGAUUCAUGCAGCUAGCACUGAAGUACCAAGUAUUGAUAUCAAGGAUCCAUCAGCAGAUCUAAAAACGACUGGAAGUGAAACUGAAGGAAAAGGAAGAAAAUUUAAACUGCCAAGCCUUGAUUUUUCAGUAUCACAAACCAAAAGACCUGAUCCUCAUAUUAGUUUGCCCACGACAGAUGUAGAUGCUACAGUACCAGAAGUCAAAAUGGAAGUCAAACUCCCCGAAGAGAAAUUUAGCACAUCUUCUAAAGUGGAAGCCAAAGCUCCAGAAUUCAAAGGUACAAGAACAGAAACAGAAGGAUCACCAUCUAAGUUCAAGAUGCCGACAUUCAAGUUGCCAAAAUUUGGGCUUUCUACACAAAGUUCGACUGAAGAAAAGCCUAAUUUGAAUGAAGAUUUCAAAAGAGCUAGUGGAGAAACUACAACUUCAGUAGAGAUUCAUGCAGCUAGCACUGAAGUACCAAGUAUUGAUAUCAAGGAUCCAUCAGCAGAUUUAAAGGUGACAGGAAGUGAAACUGAAGGAAAAGGAAGAAAAUUUAAACUGCCAAGCCUUGAUUUUUCAGUAUCACAAACCAAAAGACCUGAUCCUCAUAUUAGUUUGCCCACGACAGAUGUAGAUGCUACAGUACCAGAAGUCAAAAUGAAAGUCAAACUCCCCGAAGAGAAAUUUAGCACAUCUUCUAAAGUGGAAGCCAAAGCUCCAGAAUUCAAAGGUACAAGAACAGAAACAGAAGGAUCACCAUCCAAGUUCAAGAUGCCGACAUUCAAGUUACCAAAAUUUGGGCUUUCUGCUCAGAGUUCCACUGAAGAGGCGCCUCCUUUGAACAAAGACCUCAAAACAGCUGAAGGAGAAACUACAGUGUCAGAGAAGGUCAUUGCCGUUGGCAUAGAAGGUCCAAGCAUUGAUAUUAAGGAUUCAUCAGCAGAUGUAAAAGUAAAAAGAACUGAAAAUGAAGGAAAAGGAAGAAAAUUUAAACUGCCAAGCCUUGAUUUUUCAGUAUCACAAACCAAAAGACCUGAUCCUCAUACUAGUUUACCCACUACAGAUGUAGAUGUUUCAGUACCAGAAGUCAAAAUGGAAGUCAAACUCCCCGAAGAUAAAUUUAGCACAUCUUCUAAAGUGGAAGCCAAAGCUCCAGAAUUCAAAGGUACAAGAACAGAAACAGAAGGAUCACCAUCCAAGUUCAAGAUGCCGACAUUCAAGUUACCAAAAUUUGGGCUUUCUGCUCAGAGUUCCACUGAAGAGGCGCCUCCUUUGAACAAAGACCUCAAAACAGCUGAAGGAGAAACUACAGUGUCAGGGAAGGUCAUUGCAGUUGGCAUAGAAGGUCCAAGCAUUGAUAUCAAGGAUCCAUCAGCAGACGUAAAAGUAACAGGGAUUGAAUAUGACGGAAAAGGAAGAAAAUUUAAACUUCCUAGUCUUGGUUUUUCUGUAUCACAAACCAAAGGGCCUGCUACCGAAAUGAGUUUAUCCACGGCAGAUGUAGAUGUUACAGUACCAGAGGUCCAAACAGAAAUCAAUCUCCCAGAGGAAAAACAUUACAAAUCUUCUGAACUGGAAGCUAAAUCCCCAGAAUUCAAAGGUAUAAGAAUGGAAACAGAAGGAUCACCAUCCAAGUUUAAGAUGCCGACAUUCAAGUUACCAACAUUAGGGCUUGCUACUCAAAGUUCCACUGAAGAAGUGCCUACUUUGAACAAAGAUCUCAAAACAGCUGAAGGAGAAAGUACAGUGUCAGAGAAGGUCAUUGCAGUUGGCUCAGAAGGACCAAGUAUUGAAAUUAGUGGUCUAUCUGGAGAGUCCAAAACCGAGGGACAUGAACGUGAAGGAAAAGGAAAAAAGUUUAAGUUGCCAAGUCUUGGUUUUUCUGGCACACAGGCCAAAGGGCUGGACACAGAUUUAAGCUUGAGGAAAGAUGUGAACAUAACACAACCAGAACUCAGAGCUGAGGUCAAAUUUCCUGAUGAUGAGCUGAAGCUCACUAAUGAAACUGAAACUAAAGGACCUGAAAUUCAAGUUGUAACAAAGGAUAUUGAUGGAUCAUCAUCUAAAUUCAAGAUGCCCUCUUUUAAAUUCCCAAAAUUUGGGUUUGCUACUCAAAGUUCCACCGAGGAAGCACCUUCUUUUGACAAAGAUGUCAAAACGGAGGGAGGUGAAACUAUAGCCUCAGAGGGGGUGCUUAAAGUUAGCGCAGAAGAACCAAGCAUUGAAAUAAAGGACGCAUCAGUUGAUUUAAAUACUGUAGGAAGUAAACAUGAAGGAAGAGGAGGGAAGUUCAAACUGCCAAGUCUGAGUAUUUCUGUACCACAAGCCAAAGAGCAUGAUGGUGAUUUGAGCAUAAAGACUAAUCUAGAUAUUACAAUGCCAGAAGUGAAAGCUGGAGUUGAACUCUCUGGUGACCAAUUAAACAAAUCUUCUGUUGAAGUGGAAACUAAAGCACUUGAAAGCAAAGAUACAAGAAAGGAUAAAGAAGGAUCACCAUCAAAAUUUAAAAUGCCAAAUUUCAAGUUACCAAAAUUUGGGCUUGCACCUCAAACGUCAGCUGGAGAAGUACAUCUGUUAGACCAAAGUGCAACUUCACAAGGGGUUAUUGCAGUUACAACAGAAGAACCAAGCAUUGAAAUCAAGGGUCCAUCAUUAGAGCCAAAAACUGAAAAGAGCGAUCGGGAAGGAAAAGGAAAAAAGUUUAAGUUGCCAAGUCUUGGUUUUUCUGCAGAGGCCAAAGGGCCUGAUGAUGAUUUAGGGUUAUCAAAGAAGGAAGUCAAUGUUACACUGCCAGGAGUCAAAGAUGAACUCCGUGAUGAUCAUGAUUUGAAAAAAAUGUCUACGACAAUAGAAAACAAGGGACCAGAAAUCCAAACAGUGACAAAGGAAGCUGAUGGUUCACCAUCCAAAUUUAAAAUGCCUGGAUUCAAGUUACCAAAGUUUGGGCUUUCUACUCAAAGCUCCACUGGAGAAAGUCCUCAAUUGGACAAAGCCGAGGAAGAUGGUGAACAGAAAUACACUGUUACUGCAAUGGAAACUAAGGCACCUGAGAUAAAGGUUAUAUCAAAGGACAUUGAUGGAUCACCAUCCAAAUUCAGAAUGCCAACGUUCAAGUUACCCAAAUUUGGUCUUGCCACUCAAAGUUCAGACAAACAAGUGCCUGCCUCAGAAAAAGAUGUCGACACACUGACAGGUGAAAGUACAACUUUGGAGGAGGUUCUUAAGGUCAGCACAGAAGGCCCAACAAUUGAAAUUAAGGGUCCAGCUGUAGAUCUAACGUCUUCAGGAACUGAUAAGGAAAAAAGAGAAAGUAAAUUCAAACUGCCAAGUCUUGGUUUUUCAGUGGCACAAGCCAAAGGGUCCGAUAUUGAUAUGGACAUGUCGAAGACAGAUGUAGAUGUCAGAGUACCAGAGGUCAACACUGAUGUUUUGCUUUCUGACCCAAAACCUAAACAACCUUUGGUGGAACUGGAAGUUAAGUCUUCAGAGAUCAAAGCUCAUUCAGAGGAUAUCGAAGCUGUACCAGCAGGUAAAAUCCCUAAAAUUACUUUACCCAAAUUUGGAACUGUAUCCCCACAUCUCAGUGUGGAAAUAUCUAAUGUGAACAAAGAGAAAAGAAUUGACAUAGAACGUAAUGCUGAUAUUGGACAAGUGGAUGUAAAUGCUAAGGAAGGGGAACAAAAGAAAUAUGAAGGUAAAGUUAAAGUCCAGCUAUCCAGUGCUGAGGCAAAAGUAGAAGAUGUACCUACAGUUGAGUCUGAAGGUAAAGUGAAACGACUAAAUUGGACUUUUCCGAACAUCUCAUUUUCAAGAACUGGUGGUAAAGCCCCUGUUGUCGAUGUCGACGUUGAAACACCUAAAGCUGAUGUCACAUCAGCAGAGACCAAAAUCUGCCAGUCAGAUGUUGAUGUUAAAGAGUCUUCAAGGGUCCCUGCAGUAGAAGCACCCUCAGCUGCAGAACUUGACACAAACUUAAAGAAAAGUAAGUUUUCACUUCCCAAGAUUUCAUUUUCAAAGUCAAACAUGAAAGAGCUUGAAGUGAAAGCUGAGCUGCCAGAUCAUGGUGUAAAAACUGAAAAAGUUGAAACUGAAGUGACAGCAGAGGUCAAACCCCCUGCAGAUGAAUACAAACAUGACUCGACUACUCCUGAAACAACAGCUUCUGGGGCUGAAGUUAAGUCUAAAGAUGGAAAAGGUUCACCAUUAAAAUUCAAAAUGCCAACUUUAAAAAUGCCAAGAUUUGGAAGUGUGUCUCAUGAGGUAACAACAGAAACACACGCCACAGAGAAAAUAGCCGAAGGUGAUGAAUGUCAGCUGGCGGACGAUCCUACUGGUAUCACCAAAGGUCCAACGACUGAUGUUAAAACAGAUGCUUCCAAAUCCAUACCACUAGAUCAUGAAACCCCAAACACAGAAAGUGAUACUGUGGUUCAUGGAUCCCCAAGUAAAUUCAAACUACCUACCUUUAAAAUGCCACGACUGAGUCUUUCAAGAUCUAAACCUGAAGAUGAAUCUAACACUGAGCAUGAAAAUACUGAAGAUCGGCCAGAAAUGAAGAUUGAACUAAAAGAAGAAAGCAAAUCACCAAAACUGACUUUAACAUCGUUUGGUGACAUCGUAGAGUUUACCGAUGUUGACCUCGAUGUUCAUAAAGGGGAAAAGACUGAGCGAAGCCUUGAAACCUCAAAGGAACUUCAUGAACCAGUUGAAUCCGCCGCAAAGCACACAGAGGCAAAGGACAUGGUGGAAAAAUCCAAGCAAGAUGCUACCAAAAGUUCGGAGAGCUCAGGCUGGUUUAAAUUCCCAAAGUUUGGACUGUCUUCUCCGACGGAACAACCAAAGAUUCCUGAUAAAGGCAGAGCAAAUAAAAGAUAGCAGUCCAGUAGGGG